CUCGGGGUCACGUGACCCUACAGUCGCUUAGACAUGGCGUCUUGCUUGCUGGCCGGGGAGCGGCUGGUACGCGCUUUGAGCCCCGGCGGGGAACUGGAGCCAGAGCAGCUGCCCAAGAAACUGCGAGCAGAUCUUGAGGCCGCGUUGGGAAAGAAGCACAAGGGCGGCGAUGGCCCUCCUGGCCCUGAACGCCUGGUUUCUUUCCGCCUGAUCCGGGAUCUACACCAGUACCUGAGAGAAAGGGAUUCCACACUCUACCUUCAUGAGCUCCUAGAAGGCAGUGAAAUCUAUCUUCCAGAGGUGGUGAAGCCUCCUCGGAACCCAGAGCUAGUUGCCCGACUGGAGAAGAUUAAGAUACAGCUUGCCAAUGAGGAGUAUAAGCGGAUCACCCGCAAUGUCACCUGUCAGGAUUCAAGGCAUGGCGGAACGCUUAGUGACCUGGGAAAGCAAGUGAGGUCCGUGAAGGCUCUGGUCAUCACCAUCUUCAACUUCAUUGUCACGGUGGCAGCUGCCUUUGUCUGCACUUACCUUGGAAGCCAAUAUAUCUUCACAGAAAUGACCUCGCGGGUACUGGCUGCAUUGAUUGUGGCGUCUGUGGUGGGCCUGGCCGAGCUGUACGUCAUGGUGCGGGUGAUGGAAGGCGAACUGGGAGAACUGUAACUGUGCUUCAUCAUCAGAGUCUGGAGACUCCAGGCUCCCGGCUGCCAAUCACUGCUUCUCAGUCAACCCAUCAGGCUUUUUGUAUUCAGCUCCUGUUAGAGGGCUGAGCCAAGGCCACCUGCUGCUCCCAUCCUCUGUCAGUUCACAGAGGGGUAGGUAGAGGAGACUCAGACAGCAGUUGGAAAGAACUGGUCUACCAGUACUUUUUCCUGAACCCAGUGCCCAUCUGCCUCGUCCAUUCCAUUCUGGGCACUCCUGGCACUGUUUUUUUUUUUUUUUUUUCCCACUGGGAGUAAAGAGAAUCCAGACCUUUCCAGAAGUAGACCGCACUGCCCUGAAUGUGCCCAAGUGCACAAAUCCAUGAUCAUCCUUGCUCCACACACCCUGAUGUAGACCUAAUGUAGGUCAGAAGACGCCAAGAAAACAGGAUUCCCUUUCUGCAGUUUGUGCUGGAAGAGGAAGUGAUGAGAGGACAUCAAAUAAGAGAAAGAAGGUUGAUACAGGAUAGUGGAAUCAGAAGCAAGGCAGCUACCUUUUUGGAAUCUUAGAUCCUGGCUUCAUCUUUUUCCUCUGCUUGCCUUGUUCAGAUUUUCUACAUACUUCUGUCUGUCUCUACCACUCAUGGGCCCUUCUUAAACUUUCCACCUUCCCAUCACCUUUUGCUCUGCUUCCAAAAGAAAACAGUUCAGAUGGUGAAACAGAAUGUCUGCUUUUAAUUACAAAAUAUUUUUUACUUGUUUGUAUUUGUGGGGGCAGUAUGUGUACUGUGGAUUAUCUCAACUGGUAAAGGAAGACAUUCUUUGUAGACAGGAGACUAUUUUCAGAUUUAACUGUAUGUGUAAGUAUGUGAGUGAGUAUACACAUCACAAUAUAUGUGGGUAUGCACUGCUAUACAUAAGCCUAAUGCAGUCAUUAUACGUGGAUUCCUAAACAUGUUUAGGUAAGCGCAGGAAAUAGUAUGUAAAACUUCACUUGACUAAUUGUUUUACAUGAUUGCUUGCGGUCUUCACAACAUUCCUGGAGGCUGGGAAAGGAAAUGGUUUUAGUCUCCUUUUCCAGACAAAACUGAGGCUGAGAGAGAUCAAAGGACCAGCCGUGGUUCUUCCUGUUAAAGGAAGCCAAAGACUCCUAGGUUGUCUUGAAGUCCCCGCAUAACGUUAAACUUCUAAGAACUUAAGAUUAGUGGUGUGCUGAUAGGAUCUGUAUAGGGCAUUUAGGAAUGAUAGCAUUAUUAUUUAUCCAAUAAAUAUUUAUUGUAUCC